AUGAAAAUAUUGGGAAUUAAAGCUUUUUGUGAUGAUUGUAGUAAUUUAAAUAAAAUUUUGGAGACUUAUAAUAAAAUUAAUUUUGGAGAGGAUUUUGGAGAGGAGAAAAUUUUGGAGAAAAAAGGGAAUAUUCAAAAUAAUUCUGAUGAAAAAAAUAAACGAAAAGAAUUACGUCUAUUUGUUGGAAUAAUUGAUAUAUUACAAUCAUUUAUACCUAAAAGACAAAUAGAAGCAAGAAUUAAAGGAUUAAUGUCAAAAAUUAAAGGGGAAAAAAAUAUUUUAAAAGAUAUAGAAUAUGUAAGUUUUUGUAAUAAUAAUAUAUUUAUUUUAAAUUAA